AUGGGAGAGGGAAAAAAGAGAGGGGAGAGGGACGAAAAAAACACUGACGUGGGUGACGAAAUAGCGGUGUUGAUGUGCGGUUUCUCCACCGCUAGAGCUAUGGAGAUGACGGUGUUGCUUCACCGCGGAUUCAAGGUGACAAAAUACACUCCUUUACCAAUCAAAUUAGUUCCUCAUCACUUUGGCUCUCCCAAAAGCUUCACAAUAGUUGUCCUUCUGCUAGAUUCCUGCACAAAAAUCAUUACCAACCAUAUCGGUACUGCUUGCCUCGGUAUUAUAAUACUAUUACAUGAUAAUCAUACCGUAGCUCUCCUCGGCAACGCGAAUUGCCAAAGUGUAGGAAAGAGCUACUGGCCAACCGACAUCGCAGCUUCAUACUACAUCUCUUCACUUAUUCUGCAAAUUUAUAUCAGGUCGUAUGGUUUGAGUUACUUGCGGCGUUUCUUUAAUAUUCCGAUGCCAAAUCUAGAAAACUUCUGUGAUAGUUGCACCAUUCUACGAUUUUCUGAUUCUUUACCGGUUAUCUGGCUAUUACUAUCUUCUUUCGAAUCUUAUUCUGUAGUCGUUGCUCGUCCAAGCAUUGUAGAAUAA